GCCGCGCUCGUCUGCAGUUUAAAUGAACCAAAGCGUUUGUUUUCGGUUUUCACGAGUGAUAUAAAGUUGAUUAUUACUUAAUGUAACGCCUUUUUUUUCAUCCCCUGGACACAUCACACUUAAACUCAACUGAAACGGAUGAGGAUAAAAACUGCUGAAGCGACUGAUCUCCACACUGUUAUAAAGAUGGCGUUUAUUAAAGAGGAGAGCGAAGACCUGAAGAUUGAAGAAACAUUCACAGUCAAACAUGAAGAUCCUGAGGAGCAAAUAGAGCUGGUGAUGCUGAAAGAGGAGAACGAAGUAGAAGAGAAACCUUUCUUCUCAUCCGGAGAAGAAUCCACGAAAACCGAGCAGACGUCAUCUGAACACAGAGCUCAGGAGACCGAAUCGGACAGUUUCUUCAUUUGCAGUCACUGCGGACAGACUUUAAAUUCAAAGCGAAGCCUUGACGUCCACAUGAAAGUUCACACCGAGGACAAGCCUUACAGCUGCCAGGAGUGCGGGAAGAGAUUCGUUCAAGAGCGAAGCCUGAAACCCCACAUGAAAGUGCACAAUGGAGAAAAGCCCUACUCCUGCAGAGAGUGCGGGAAGAGUUUUGCUCAAAUUCAAAACCUUCAGACCCACAUGAGGAUUCACACCGGGGAGAAGCCUUUCAGCUGUCAGCAAUGUGGAAAGAGCUUCACUCAGAUCCAGAACCUCAACGUCCACAUGAGAGUUCACACCGGAAACAUGCCUUACACCUGCGCUCAGUGCGGGCAGUGCUUCACGCACAAGGGAAACCUCAACGCGCACAUGAGGAUUCACACGGGAGAGAAGCCGUUCAGCUGUCCGCAGUGUGGAAAGAGCUUCACUCAGAAACGAAACCUCACAGUCCACAUGAGGACUCACACCGGAGAGAAGCCGUUCACGUGCACUCAGUGUGGACAGAGCUUCACACACAAAGCGAGCCUCGUUACACACAUGAGGAAUCACUCUGAGGAGAAGCCUCUCGCGGCUCUGCAGAGAGACGUUAAGCCAUUUGAAGACUCUUUGGAAGAAGAAAAAAACCUGUCAGAAGGAUCAUCAACAGAACAAAUAUAGAUAUCUGCUUGAUGUAUCUGUGACGUAUGGAAAACUAUUUCCGGGUCCAGGCCGCUACUCAUAUGAGUUGAGAAAAUAUUCAUUUACUUUUCGUUCAUAUCACACUUUAAAGUGAAUUUUAUAUAUAGUCAUGGUGUAAACAACAGUCUCUGGACUUGCUGCAUCACAGACACAUAUUUUAAUAAGUUAUGAAAAAUUAAUCACUUUCUGGCCAUUGGAUGUUAG